GUAAAGGAGACGCCAUUUUGCAAGCGUCACUUGGCGGCGUGUCGGGUUUCCGCAUUUUGACCCGAAAUACCUUCAUUAAAAUCAUAAUAUUGUUUUGUUUCGUUUAAUAUGUCGUAUCAAUCAAGUGUAGCGCAAGACUCUUUAGCUGCGGCACAAUUGGAAAUGACCGGUAACCCCAAUGCAUUAGCGUUGCGUCGGCCAUUCGACCCGGUGGCGCACGACUUAGAAGCGAGUUUUCGUUUGACACGGUUUGCGGACCUCAAAGGAAGAAGCUGCAAAGUUCCUCAAGAUGUACUGGGAAAACUGGUGGAAUCAUUACAGCAAGAUUAUUCCCAACAAGACCAGGACCAGUUUAUGCAUGUGGCGAUCCCGCGCAUUGGCAUCGGUUUGGAUUGCUCGGUGACGCCGCUCAGACAUGGAGGUCUUUGUUUGGUACAGACCACCGACUUUUUCUAUCCCCUAGUAGACGACCCCUACAUGAUGGGAAAAAUCGCAUGUGCCAACGUACUUAGCGAUUUAUAUGCAAUGGGAGUAACAGAAUGUGACAAUAUGCUUAUGCUCCUCGGUGUGUCUACAAAAAUGACCGAGAAAGAACGUGAUGUUGUCAUUCCUCUUAUAAUGCGUGGCUUUAAAGAUUCUGCCCUGGAGGCUGGAACAUCAGUCACCGGAGGACAAACAGUAAUUAACCCCUGGUGUGCUAUUGGUGGGGUGGCUACUACUAUUUGCCAACCCAAUGAAUACAUUGUUCCUGAUAAUGCUGUUAUGGGUGAUGUUCUUGUAUUGACUAAGCCUCUUGGUACCCAAGUAGCAGUCAAUGCCCAUCAAUGGUUAGACCAACCAGAACGCUGGAACCGUAUUAAGUUGGUGGUCUCUGAAGAAGAUGUACGCAAGGCUUAUCAUCGUGCAAUGGACUCUAUGAGCAGAUUGAACCGUAUUGCUGCUCGUUUAAUGCACAAGUACAAUGCACAUGGCUCUACAGAUGUCACUGGCUUUGGUCUUCUUGGUCAUGCACAGAAUUUGGCUUCACAUCAAAAGAAUGAAGUGUCAUUUGUUAUUCACAACCUGCCAGUGAUUGCUAAAAUGGCUGCAGUAGCUAAAGCUUGUGGUAAUAUGUUCCAAUUGCUGCAAGGACAUGCUCCAGAGACAUCUGGUGGACUCCUCAUCUGUUUGCCAAGAGAACAGGCAGCCGCAUACUGCAAAGAUAUUGAGAAGCAAGAAGGAUACCAGGCGUGGAUCAUUGGUAUUGUGGAGAAAGGCAACCGCACAGCCCGUAUUAUUGACAAACCCCGAGUCAUUGAAGUGCCUGCUAAGGACUAAAUAUCCUUCAGUUUGAGACUAUUGCAAAAUUUUAUAUUUUUUAAAUAUGACUUCUUGAGAACUGGAUAAAUUUAAAAAAUUUAUUUUGAAUUUAUUAUGUAUAACUUGAUUAAGUAUUUUAGUUUGAUCUUUGAUUUCCACUGUUUUCUUGUAAGAUAACAAGUUUACAUAAAACAAUUUUAAUAGGAUUUAAAAUUGAUGUAAGAAAGCUUUUAGGAAACUCAAUCUAGUGACUAUUUUGGUGUUUAUAAUUCUAGAUAAGGUAUAAGAUGUAAGAAAACAAUUCCAUUAGGUACACAUAACCUAUUUGUUUUCAGCUUGUGGAAUGUUUCUGCAAAUUGUGAGAUAAGUAUAAUUAUUAGAAUAAAGUUAUUUUUCAGUCAA